GGCGAUUCCACAGAGUGGUCUUUAUACACUGGAUCUUAGAAACGUCACAGGUAUAGGUAUGUAAUUAUGAUUUCCAUAUAACGUCAAGUUCCUUUUGUAAACCAUCUGUGUCUGAAGUGUGAAAAGAACAUUUCCCCUCUUGUCUCCUAUCAUUUGCCUGUUAGCGGUUGUUUCGAUAUAAGUUUAUACAGUCGAGGUGUGGACAGUUUCAGGUCCUUAGCUUAAAGAACGAACGACAUUCACCCAAAAUGUUUUUCUUGUUCACGCGCAAAUUAUAGAUCGUUUUCACUGGCACGCACCAAAAAAAUAAAUUGGAAACCUUCUAGUGGAAGAAGCCAAGAAAAUGAAAUGUUAUAAAAGUCUCAGGUCUUUGUGGCCCACAGUUUCUGAGUUAUCUGCCGAAACGUGUCACGCACCUUUGUAGAGCUUUGUAUGGAGACGCCAUAUUGGUGUACAGUUUUGGUGCACCAACAUGGCCGCCGGAAAUCAACAAAGACAUCUGGGAGUUCACUUUUUCUAUUAACGCUCUUUCUUUUCACUCGAGAACUAGCAUACGUGCACAUAAACAUAUCUUCUAAUACUUGAAAUGGUUAUACUGCUGAAAAUCAAGAGGGGAGACUUUUUUUCAAAGAGACAGCAUUUCUAUUUGUGUCACACACUGUGAAAACUCGGAAGUUAAAAUUGCUGUAUUUUCGAAACGAAACAUGCUACGGGACUGGAAACUUGUACAAAGAUUUAUUUUUUGUUUAUCUUCAACCUAGUGUAAAUAAGAAUUCAUAAAACCUCGCUAUCUUGACUUUACAAUUUGAUGACGUCACUGUGAAAAGCAUCUUUUCUUGGCGGCGGGUAAUAAAAAUGUAUCAGGCGUUCUUUUUCCCCCUCUCUUUUCAAGAGAAAAACUGAAUCGCGUAAUUGCAGUUUAAAUUGAAAGGUUGCCUUGGUUUUCUACUCACUGCAACUGCUUGUACAAAAUUUGUACAUUCUUUGCCGAGUUGUGAGAAAACAUUUCCCAUAUUCCUGAAACAAUACCAAUGAAAAGAAGAGAACAAUAGUCAAGAAUAUACCAGGUAAUCGCCUCCUAAAGAUACCUGACAAGGGAAACCAAAGAGUUAAAAGGGGGCUAGAAAGUCGAUGAUUUUGCUAUAAAUCAGUAAAUACCGUAUUUACUAGAUUAAACGCCGCAAUAGCAGCCACACCCAGUCAGAAGAAUGCAGCAUUUGUUCGAGGAUUUUAAGACAAAAUGGAACCUGUGCGAUACUUGGUAAUCGGCUAUAAUCACAAGUCGGCAGACAAUUACGAUUCUAUCUCAGCCAAAAAAGCGAGACACUAGAACUUAGGACUUGUUUCUGUUUUAUAUGAGAUUCACUAUGAUUUACCUUAAUUGUUGUCAGUGAUUUUAGAAAUAUCAUUUUGAAAUAUGUUUUAAUCCUUAAUUCCUUAAUAAAUCAACUGGUCAAUUCCAGCUAUGACCACUGUCAAAAAUGUUGAUUGUCGCUUUUUGUGCAUAAAAAACGGUGUAUUUUAUUUAUUUGAACUGUUCGUAAACGAAGCCAGCUAUGUGUCGGUUUUUCAGUAAUUUGUUCCUAUAUAUCUUCAUUUUCAUUAGCCUGCGUAGCAAGCGUUUCCAGUCGAGUAAUAGCAGCCACACGCAGUCAGAAGAAUGCUGCAUUUGUUCGAGGAUUGUAAGACAAAAUGGAACCUGUGCGGUACUUGGUAAUCGGCUAUAAUCACAAGUCGGCGGACAAUUACGAUUCUAUCUCGGCCCAAAAAGCGAGGCACUGGAACUUAAGACUUGUCUCUGUUUUGUAUGAGAUUCACUAUGAUUUACCUUAAUUGUUGUCAGUGAUUUUAGAAAUAUCAUUUUGAAAUACACGUCGCCCUUAAAUAUGUUUUAAUCCUUAAUAAAUCAACUGGUCAAUUCCAGCUAUGACCACUGUCAAAAAUGUUGAUCGUAUUUUAUUUAUUUGAACUGUUCGCUGCUAUGUGUCGGUUUUAAUUCUGUAGUAGGCAGGAGUCUGUCUAUUUUGUAUCAUUCAUGAUUUACUUAGGUAAUCUUCCUUUCCAUUUAAACGUUUGCUACUUUCCAUACGCUUUGACUUCAACUCAGUUGCAUUCAACUUCAUGUUCUAAGGCUUUCCCAACCUUUAGAUUUUACAGAUGCACGGAAGUAUUUAAAGAACGAUAGUAACGAAGCUGUCGUGGUUGCACCAUGGUAGGUUAAUAUUCUACCGUGACGUAUUGGCUUUUAGCCAGUUCGCUUAGGUACUCAAACGAAAUAUUGUCACUCUUCCCUUACAACUCCAUACCCUUACCUUCACUGUAUUCUAUAUUGGAAGGCACCUUUGUAUUGUAUGUUCAGCAAAAACCGCAUCUUUUCGCUUAACCUUCAUAUAGACUUUUAUUGGGGAAAAAGCGCCAGUUUCCGGUUCCUUCUGGACUUGUUCACUUAGCCUCCCCACCCUACCCUACAGCUCAGUCACUCGACUAACUGAAGAGUGCGCUAUUUGUAGUCUAGCUAAAAGUCACAGAAAAUAGUAAACAGUUGCUUUACUGAUAGUACAUUCUUAACAAUAGCUUGGCUGAACAAGAAUCCUGUUCUUUCAUUUCCAAAAUACUAUUUUCUUUCUGCAAGGGGAUAUUUCCUACCAGCUCAUUAGUAAAUACUGACAAAUCAGAAACGUUGUGGUCUUAGGUUGGAUCCAUAGUUUCAGUUUGUCUCUUUUUAAUGCUGUCUUUUGUGCUAACUUGUCGUGUUGUCUCGUCAGGAAAAUCUGUCCAAACACCACUGUAGUAGAUGCCGAUCACAUACCGGUCUAUGGGUCUAUAUAUCCAACUGCUGAAGACAUCAUCGAUGAUACAAACCGUGAAAACAACUGUAUGUCACUUAAAUUUUUGUAGUUCAUUUUUAGUAGAUAGAGGUUACUUUGUGGGUAAAAAUUCGCAUGUGAGUUUUAUUUAUAAGUUGAAUAGUAUUUUGAAAAUAGGUUAUGGUGAGCAAUCUGCCAUAUAAGAAACGAAAAGGGAACUAAAGCCGAAAUGUAUCCCACAAGUCUUUGUGAGAUCGUUUCUGGAAGCGCACCGGUCAGCUAUUGGCCGGUUUUCCCCCCUACUGAUCCCUAGUAACAGACCCAGACAUCAUUGCGAAAGUCAGCUCAGUGUGGUUUCCUUCUCGUAUAUUAAGUGAAUAAAUGUGAGGGCAUUCUAUGAUUACCCUGAGGGAGUAAAACAUUGCACAGGCAUUUAUAUGUUAAGCCUCCACUAAAAAAUAAAAACAAAAUGUUCUGGUUCAGCAUCUUGCUUGGCACACACAAAAUGGAUUGGCUAAACGUGCGAACAAUUUUCGUCUAAACAUGGAACAGAGUGAGCCCACAUGAUGUUUUUUGCACGUUACUGCUGCGAUUGUGCUGUCUACUACUUGGUUUCUGAUUGGCUGAUAUUUCUCCCUUGCACUUGCUUUGCUGGCACAGUUCGCUAAACGAUCAAACAUUUGUUAGUAACGCAAACUGUUCGAUAAAUUGUUUGAUUUCGGUCAAACUCGCUCUUUCAACUCGAUAUCGGACAAGCAUACUUGGUCUUCGAACCUCUGUUACACGGCCCUGCUAUUAAGCGGUCAUCUACCAAUUUCCCGAAAUUUGCUUCCCAUAUUUACUGUAAAUUUGACCCCUGUUCAACGUGCACUUGGAUGCGGUCACCGUUUGGAUUUCCCAAAUAGCUAAUGUUAUCAGUGUAAUUUACCUCUGUUAAAAGAUCACUUUGUUACAUAACAGUCAAUGAAUGGCAUAGUCUUGGUCACGAAGAACUCCGGCUGGCGCUGAGCAAAAUCAGUGACUUGCUUCACCAAAUUAGACGACCAUACCGAACUGAUUUUGUCUUCAUGUUGAGUGAUAUUUUAAAGAUUGCUGAUGAUUUGCUUGAUUGUAAAGACGUUUGCCUUAAGUAUGACAUUACUGUUUCGGUUUUAACUCCACUGAACAUCCAAAUACUUUUAUCAUAUUUCGCGUUAUUGUUGUUGUGAACAAGAAUUUGUAAAUAGAAUAAUCAAUUUUGCCCUGUAGGUCAAUUUCUGCCACACCAUGGGCUAAAUUUUUGGAAAGCCUCUAUUAAGUGGUCAACCUCAGUGUUUUUUUCUUCCGAGUUGAUAAGCGCUUGUUAAGUUUGCCUAUCCGUUAACAGAAAAUAGCAGAGCUGGAUCAACGGUUCUGACUUAAAGCUGGUCCAUUGCAGAUGCAACGUUUGUUUCUGUGGUAAAUGGUGGUGUCUGGGGUAAGAAGGGGAAGCGUUUUUAAAGUAAGAAGGGGAACGUAGGGACUUAUAAGAACAAUACAUGAAGCUACAGCUGGUGGUUUCUAUUUUUUUCCAGGUGAUCAAACAAAACUGAAACACUUGCUCUUUGAUGCAAAUUUAACCAAGGAGGCAGCUGCCAAGGACUGGAAUAUUACGUGAGUUUAGUGACUCCAGUCAGCUGAAAACAACACCUUGUAGCUGAUUGGCUUACCAGUGUAGAUGAUUGGUUCAUCAGGGUAGACAGGGAGUUCCCAAGGGAACGACUCAUAUAAAUGACUAUGUGUGCCUUAAGCGCACUCCCCUGUUACAGUGGAACCUCGAUUUAACGAAGUGCCAAGGGACUGGGAAAAUUUGUUCGUUAUAUCGAAAACCUCCACUUAACGAAUUUUUGGGAAAACAAGCAAAAUGUUCGUUAAAUUGGGGUAAAGUUAUUGAUUAAUUUCUAAAGCCCAGUAUUUCUAGAUCUGAACAAUUUCUGUAAUAAACAUCUGUAUACAAAGCUAUUGUCUCAGUUCAGAGCUGUACAUAGCUACCGCACUAUAAACACAAGAAAAACUACUGUACACAUAAAUUUUAUCCUCGUUGUUCUGUUUCGCAUUCAUCUUUAGCUAUGUCUCGGUCACAUGUUGACAUUUAUUCGUUACGUCGAGGUAUAUUUUACGUUUGCGUUUCUGGAUCAUGUUCGUUAUAACGAGGAUUUCGUUAAAUCGAGGUUGCACUGUACCAUUAAAUGCUCUUCGAUACAAUGUAUUUUGAUUUAAGAAAAUAAGAACCUAUUCCGAAGUGGAGGAGGGUCUUAACGGCCAAAACGUUUAAGGGAAAGCAUAAAACCUUAACAGGGACUUCCAGAGUACUGGGAGAUGGGGGUCAAAGCUAAUAAACCCUCCGUGGGGAAGUAUGGAUACCCCCUGGGGCAUAACAGUACAGAUUUUAAAAUAUUCUGUUGUUUGCAGAGAUGGUAUAGAAGAUAUAUUUGUAGCAACGCUUGGAGGAAUCAUGAGGUGGCUAAAUUCAAGGUGUGUUCUUAGAUAAGAAUUGGGCUUGUCUGGAUAUUGCUUAACUGAUGUAGCUUAUAUUGUUAAACGCCAGUCAGUCAGAAUUCUGUCCUCCCUUAGUGGUCAGUACACUCGGACAAAAACAAAAGACUGACGGAACACGAGAUUAUACAGAAACAAGGAGAUUGCAUAAGAGAAUUCCCUUGUGUACUGGUACAUCAAAAUACAACCUCAAGACAUCACCGGAUUCGUUGAGAGAAUGAUGAGAGAUAUUAAGAUCAUGUCAGGUUUUACCAUCUAGUCUACGAGCAAACUGUCCGUUUUGGGGAUAUCGUUAGGAGUCGCACGGGAGCAGCUCACUCGCGCGUUGUCGCGUGUCUUCGCUCGCCAUCCGAAAUGGGGGGUUUGCUUGCAGGCUACAUACAGUCUCGUGCAUUGUUUUUCAUUGCAAGAAUUGCUUACUGUGUGCUUCCAUUAGUACAGCAAAGUUGUGAGAACGGAUGAGAGCCGGUCCAACAGCCUCAACAUAUCGAAACGAAAAGCCAAAAAAUGUUGUGGUAAUGUUGUGACAAAAGUUCUACAGGUUUAAAAUCUUCACAACAUCACGAUCUGUCAACAGUGUUGUGUGGGGAAGAGUGGGUGUUAAAGCGAAUGUGAGAAUGUUAUGACUAUUCUCCACUUCAGAAACAGGAGACUGGGACGAGUUUACUUUCGCAAAGACUUUUGGGACUGUUACUAGGGACAGAGAAAAAAAUUGGCCAAUAGCUGAUUAGUGCGUCCCCAGAAAUAAUGCCAGAAACAAUUGCGGGACACAUCUCAUCUCUAGUUCCCUUUUCGUUUUUGUUUCGUUAAGUGGCGAAUUGGGUAGCCUGUACACAGACGUUGUUUUAUGUCAAUGAAUCCCCUGCGGUUUAUAUUUUAUCACCCGCGCUCGACGGACUUUGAAGAGAAAAUAGAGGGUCUGUGAACAGGCUACGUAUUGGGGAGAUUGCAUCUGUAACAUGAGUUUGCAUGUAAUUGUGAUUAAACUGUUAUAUGUUACACCGGGACCCUAUAGAGCGUUUUCACUCACAUGGCCAGCAUCUGUGCAAAUUCAUUGGAAACAAAGAAAGCGUUUGUAUAAGAAAAGAGUUCAGUUCCCACAGGAUUGUCUUGGUACACCAACAUGGCCGCCGUUUCAUUGUUUUGGAACACCAAUGUGGCCGCCGUGACGUCAUGUGAAAACGCUCUAUAAUUACAUCUAAACACCUUCUAAUUAGAAAUCAUGAAUAGGCCCUUUGCAGCUUGCCAUUCACGUGGUACAAAACCGCCACGCUGGAACGCAAAAGUCGCCCUGGAGCAAGACCAACAAAAGGCAAACAUAAUUUGAAAUAGUAAUUUCCUUUGUUUUUCUUGUCCCAGUGCGACUUUUGCGUCCCAGCAUGGUGGUUUUGUACCACGAGAAUGGCAAGCUGCAAAGGUCCUAUUAUACCAAACGACUUCUGUUCUCUAUGUUAUCUUUACAGCAAUAUUACAUUGCCACGAUAUUACACUAAACAACAGUUUUACAGACAGGCAGUUCAGUAUGCAGACAAAGCUGUUGGCGUGGACAAAACAAUCAUUGUUUUCUCUGCUCCUUACAGAGCACAUGGUAAGAAAAAAAACACAAUCAUACGUUGGGAAUGCAAAAAAACUUUUCUAGUUGUUCCACCGUAGAAUCUGAAGAUAUUAAAAAUACUUUUGCUAGUUGUGUAGGGGAAAGUGACAGCAAAAGUAUACGUUUGUAUUUUCGAGGGGGACAUUGGGGGGUACCCAAUACCGCAAUACCGUAAGAAAAAAUGGCAAAUACCGAAAUGCCGCGUCGAAAAUCGUCUAAAUACCGAUACCCCAUAUUUUAAUCACAUUUAUAAUCGGUUCCGCAUACUUAUGGUUGCUUCCAUGUAGCGCGUUUAAUUAUCUCAGGCAUUUAUGCACCAGAUGUCCAUGUUUUUUUUAAUAUUUUGGUAGUUCGCAAUUUUAACUACAUUCGUUCAGUCUUUUGUUAUUUCGACCCAACAGCUAAUUAACUCCAAUAAAAAUAACUCUCGAAAGCGCGAAAAACAAACCAACCAAAAUCCUUUCCACGCACGUCUAGUGCGAGUUUUGAUAUAAAGUGAGUCUAGUCUAGCACGUCAGUCUCUCGUUCUGGCUUUCUGGCUUCUGAUUGGUGCCAGAAAAAAACACAAGUUUUCUGGCACCGAUCAGAAGCCAGACCGGCGGCGACCGUUUGGAACUGGUCUGGUAAGAUAUUGUCCCCAGGGGCUCUUCUCGCCGUUCUUUACUUUUCUUCGUUCCAGAUAUAUAUUUUUCCGCCCGUUUAGACUUUCCCUCGCCCCCUUUAUCUGCCCCUGGGUCUCCGAGGAUGACGCCGCGCUGUUAAGAGGUAAAAUUACCAAAUUUUCUCUUUUAUGCACCUAUCAAUGUAAACCCCGUGGCGGGGGGUGGAGUGCGGGCAAGGGGUGGGGAUUUGACAAAUUUUAAAAAUUUUCGAUCAAAUUCCCCAGGGUGGGAAACGAAAGGUCAAUCAAAAGUGUCAAAAAAGCCCCAACCCCAGGGGAAAAAAUCUAAACAAACAAUGCUAUAUUACUAUAUAAAACGAAUAAAAGAACCUUUCAAACACGUUGUUACUACUUUUAUUUACGGUUAACGGAAGCUCCAUUAGAUUACUCGCUGUAAUUAAGUAUUUUCUCCCUCCACUAGCAUCUCUUAUCUUGAACAACAAAAUCACUUCAGGAAGAUUGACCGUGCUGUGUAAUAUUAAUAAAACGUAAAAUGCUUUAUAACAUCUGCUCAACAUGUCGGAACAGGUCGGAUCACUGACCCAUAAAAAGCCUCUGGCUUUCAUGGUGGAAUUCGAUUUCAGUCGAGUUUUACAAUCAGAUGGGAACUUGAAGAUAAAAACUUCGUCAAAAUAGACAUUAUCUGUUUAGAUGACAGUUUAAAGUAUCGGAUUAUGGCGAUUAAAACAAAUGAAAACUUCAUACCUUUCUCCAACAACGUGACUUUCAGGAAGCCUCGAGCGGGGACGGACUUGGUAACUGCUUCUGAAUUGAUACCAGGCUUCUGUCGGUCAAAGUCAAAUGUCCCGACCCCGGGGUCGCUUCGCACGAUCAAAAGCCCGACAGCGGGGAUAGUCCCAGGCAUCAAAUCCCCUCCCCUUGCCCGCAUUCCCCCGACGGGAUUUACAUUGAUAGGUGCAUUAACUUUACAAGGCGUUUUUCAAUUCUCGAAACCCAACAUCUAAACUUAUUCUUGUUGCGAAAAUGUUCGCCUCGUUCGCCCUCUUCAUAAAAAAUUGCCACACAGUCAAUGGUGACCACGCCGUCUUCAACCUCAGCGACCUCAGACAUUGUGAGAAAACGUUUAAAACCUCGAAUUACCGGCACAGGUAAACAGAUCGACAAGCCUGGUAAGGUAACUUGAGACGACUCAUUAUCAUUGGAUGCAACAACAAUCACAUUGUAUAUUAUCGACCAUUAACUGUCACAAAAUGACCCACAAAUGGUGUAAUCAUUUACCGUUAUGUCUCAAGACUUCUAAAUAUUAACUUUAUUGACCUUUAUGUCUUACUGUGUUUUGUUUUGCGUAUUGUAUCGAAAGGAAAGCGCAAAUAAACGGUACCGUAAUACCGUGAACAAUCUUAUUUCACCGAAUACCGUCACCCAAAAUGAUGAAAAACCGCAUACCGCAGAGCUAGAUGAUACCGCAAUACCGCACGUUAAAAUUAAAAUUACCGAGAUACCGCAUGAAAAUAAGCCCAAUACCGCAAUACCGUAAACCCCCAUGUCCCCCUCUAUUUUCCGAAUUCGUGAAGAAUCCAGAACGUUUUAUUACAGGCUUGUACAGGUUAUGGAAAACCGGGAAAGUCAUGAAAUUUAAGAAUUUCAUGUUGCAGGCCUGAAAAGUCAUGGAAUUUACUUGUCGGUCAUGGAAAAUGAUGGAAAAUUUUAAAAAGUUUUAUCUGGUGGAUUAGUUACCGCAGAUGACAAAGCAUAGAUACAGAGAAGUAAUUAACCAUCGCGAACGGCACACAUUUUGGUGGACGCCAUAGUUUUUCUGUUGAACUGUUUAAAGUUAAAAAAUACCUUAAAACAAGAAUAGUUUUGAAAAUUUUUGGGAGUGACAGCGUAACCUUAGGUCACAGAAAACUUGAAAAGAUCAUGGAAAAAUUCAUGGAAAGUCAUGGAAUUUAAAGAGCUCAAAAGAGUACCAACCCUGUGGUACCUGAUUUGUUUUGUCGUUAACACGGUUUGAUCUUGUGUCCGGAGAUUUUGAAUCCGGUAUCUAAAGUGAAUACUUCAUAUUUGAAUGAAUGUUCUCGAAUUUACUGACGGAUGUUCGCCUGUGAAUCCAAAUAUUUUAAAUGUAACAAAUCCGGGAACAUUUUUAAGAUGACAGCACAUCGCCUGGCCAGCAUCACGUGUUCCUUUACUUUCCCUUUGAAAUGAGAGUAGCCUGGGACCAGGCUCCUCCUCCUAGUGGGGAAAGUGGGGAAAAAGGCGCGCAGUUCUUCCCCCUCCCCAGUCCCUAGCUCGGCUCGCCUUGCUCGUCAAUUUUUUUUGCACGCUUUUUUUCCCCUCGGAGGAGCCUGGUUCCAGCUUGGUGUGAGUAUGAGAGGCCAGUGGAUAAAUGCAGUAGACGAGGCCAAACGUUUGAUGUCGCUAUCUAGUGACACGAUGAUUAUGGAGUGAUCUAAGUAGAGAUCGAGGGAAAUGUGAAAAAAAAGUUUUUGUAAGCUGUUCUGUGUUGCUGUGAAACACACCCCCACUAGCAUUACCGUGAACUCCUUCUGCUAGCAGUGUUUCUAAUUAGGGUUUUACUUUUGUGUUGUAGGUUACCAAAGUGAUGUCAACGAAUCUGUCACGAUAACCGCAAGUGCUCCUAUCAUUAUUUCGGACAAAAACAACAAUAACAGCAAAGUUGUAGCUGCAGGUGAGUCGCACUGAAGCUUCGAAUGUUAUGGGUCUGUGAGAGUGUGAUAUGCUUCUAACUCAGUACAGGUUGAGUGAGUGUGUCUGAGAGUUCGAGGUGAAGCUAAGGGUCCCUUUGCUUCAGGUAACUUUUCUUGCUGUCAACUGGACUACGCCAUAAACGUGACACCGUUCUACAGAUAAAAUGGUCUUCAACAAUAAUGUCACAGUCAAGUCUGCUUCUUGACAAAAUGUCGGUGGAGCCAAAUUUUUUACCUUUGCGUUUAAAAGUCCGUAUACCGUAAGCCAUUCUCAAUCCUUCAUAACAAGAACGUUGAGAACCAUUGCAUCCGUCUGUCUACAGUGUUGAGAAAGUGGUGCGUAAACUUAUCGAACAAUUAUUGAAUGAGGCUGAGUAGGCUGUGAAGAAUUAUGCAGAUCGAGAAAAGUGUUUUCCACCAGGGCCGAAGGCCGAGGCGGAUAACAGCCUCCGCGAUUUACGAAGGAGUCCUAAGUGGAGAUAGCUGCAACGAUGCGCUCCAAACUUCAGGUUUCGAAUAUUUUUAUGGUGAGAAAUUGACUAUAUCAGCUACGGAAAUUGUUUGCUGUUAACAGCGUCAACAGGGCUUACAACUCAGUCUAGAACGACUUGAAAAUGCUCACACUACAAUUGUGAAGCUCCCAGUCUGUCUUAAAAUGUGGUCGGCUCAGUAAGAUGCCCACGUGACUAUUUCUUUCUGCUGGGAUAUUACACUUGUUGAUUGGCGCUGGACAUUUACAACGUAAAUUUGAGUGCUUUUACUUUCAUUAAGAAACAUGAGAUAUUACUUCAUUACCUUUGUUGGAUUCAUACAUUAACAAUGGCGUGAGCAUCUCAGUGCCAUCUGUCGUUUCCCGUGAUGCAUGCGUAGCCUGUCUAUUAUUCUAAAGACUACUUGAGAUGCAUUUUCACAUAGGAUGGCUUUGCAAGUCUGGCAUCUAAUCUUGUCUCUUCCUUUGUGCCACGCCGAAACUAUAACUUCAAGAAGGCUUUGGAAUAUACAACUGAUUUAUUUUCCUACCUCCUGACUAAGGUUUAUUAUUAAGUCAUAAACUAAAUUAGAAAGUUUAUCCUUUGCGUAAAAUGUUUCCUUUCUUUUAAAAGAAGUAGUAUUUAUAUCAUUCUCAAGUCUUAGGCAAAACACUACUUAAAUAAUAACUAAACACAUUCGCAUAAUUUGCUACUUUAUGUAGUAUUGAUAGUGGUGUUACGAUGACGCCGAAACCGACGUCGACUUUUUACGCUCUUAUUUACUGUUUCUUUUUCGCUAAAUCACUGUUGAUAAAAAACGAGAUAUGUUUCCAGUUUAUUUUUUUGACAAACCAAGUGUAUACAGUACAUGGAAUAAUUUCUGCCGUUGGCUUUUUUGUGUGUAAUUUAAUUCUUUGUUAACAGUGGUUGGAAUGCACGUAAAAGAGAAGAAUUUCACAGAAAAGUUAUUCGACGCUGUUGGAAGGGUAAGAGACGCAGUUUACCAAGAACAAAACAGGGCUCGCAAAUUUUGGCGAGCCUCAUAAUAUUGCGGCCUUGGAACGCAUAGUUUACUGUAAUUCGUGUAAAAACUUCUCUCAUGUCACCCGGAGGGGGAGGGGGGGGGGACAAAUAUGUAAUUUUCGCGAUCCCAACUUAGUCACUUCCUAUUUUUAUGAAUUGGCCCAUUUUUUGGAUUGAAUGAAGAACACUUUACUUUUCAUCUACAGUACAAACAUUCUGGUACGUUUGCUAACUGUAAAUAUGAAGAACUGUCUUAGCCCAAAAAAUCCAAAAAUCUGCGACCCCAUUCUAGUAACUCUAUUGAAAAUACGACCCCAUUUUAGUCAAUCCGGUCGUGAAAAUGCGGCCCCAUCCAGCGGCACAUCCCCAUUAGCCUCUUAUAAGGAAGUACCCCCCUCCCCCCGGACCUCUUUACAACGGCCACUUCCGUUUGUUCCGGCGGACAGUCCAUACAUUGACUCUUGUUUAACUCUUCUCUACAACGGCAACGGCCACUAAAGCGUGUCCCCAUCUGCCAAAAUAACCUCUCGACAAUGGCCUGUUUUUUCAGCGACUAAUGAAAGUCAAGAAUAGAAUGGUCAUGACUUUGAUCGGUAUGUCGCGUUGAUGAUCAAUCGCGGCAAGCGUAUUUUGAUUGUGUUCCACUUAUAAAAUGAUGCUGCAGUAAGCAUGAAUUGUCAACGAUACUUAAGGUGAAUGUUGCGUACCUUGCUCCUUUUGUAAUGUUAGCAUUUUGAUUUAAAGCAUCAUUCAAGUGUUUUUGUGCAUUUUAUCUCUGUAUAAUUAUUAUAUAUGAUUGGGUUACCAUCAUGAGAUACCCUAAGCAUAAACUCAGCACAAUACACAUGUUAUAGUCCUUAAAAUGAAAAAAAAAAAUGUCAUAUUACCCCCUACCUUCUCAUAACGGUCACCUCUCCAGAACGGCCACUUUCUUCUGUCCUUAAUGUGGCCGUUGUGGGGAGGUUCGAAGAGAUUACUCGAAAUGAACUUAGUAGAAUACGAGUUAGAUCAUAUUUGUGAAAUGUUGGCCCCAAUUUGCAGUGGCGGCGUGGCCGAGCAGUUCAUUAGGCGCUGGACUUGCAAUUCGGAGGCCCUGAGUUCAAGUCCCCCCCUGACCGCCAGCUGGAUUUGUUCUCGGUAGUCCCGAGUUCAACUCCUUAAGGUGGCUGAACACAGUUUUACGGGCGGUCAGCGGGAACUCGCGUGACAGCGCGUGUUUUUAAUUAGACAAACAAACAUGGCGGCGAAGAAAAGCAAUGGUACACAAAAAGACGAUUUCUCAAAAUCUGCUCAUUAAAAUUUUGUAGUAAUAUUCGGCAGAAUUUUUACUUUCAUCGUAUUUUAAAUAAUGUGAACUUUAAAAUGAAAGUUGAGCGGACAAAUUUUGUGACACAUUUAAUAAUUAAAGUACAAUUAUAUUAUUGAUUAUCUAAAAACCAGUCUGUUGAAAUUUGGUCAAAUAAGUUUCAGAUGGUAAUGAUUAACUAUAAUUAGCUGUGUGCAAGUUGAUAGGAAAAUCUAAUGAGUGAAUUUUAUGUAAACCGAGCAAAAGUGAAAUUUAGAGGUUGUAUUCAAUCAUUCAUGUUGCCAUGGAAGCUACGAAAACGUCAAAUUUUAUAUGUCAAUCAAAAUCUUUCAUCAGUAUAUUUUUCACUUGCCAAGUUUCAGCCUGUGAGCUGCAACCUUUCUCUUGCCAUGAUUUGGCGAUGACAUAUACUCACAAACUUCCAAAACUGUGUAAAGCCACCUUAAGGCCACGCUUGGAAAUAGCCAAUUGGUUUGCCUCUGGCCAGUUGGGAUUCUCAUAACAAUGCUAAGUUUGAUUUAAAUUAUUUGUUUUAGUCAUUUGCUCGGCCCCACUAGUAUUACUACUGUAAAUGUUUCUUAUGAAACCUUAAGAAUGAUAUGGAAUAAAAGAGUUAGGCCGUUUAUGAUCAAAGUCAGAACUUAGAACAGCCGGUUUGUAAGGCUUUUCUCGAUCACUGUCGAGCAUAUACUGUUUAGUAUAAGACUGAUCUGACUGCAAAGUUCUGAUAAGUAGUGGAAUUCUCUUUAUGACUGGACUGAUCUGACCUGCCAAAUCUGGCUGGUUCUAAAAAAGGAACUCCAAAGGCGACAUUUCAAGUGCGUGCUCCUCGGCAGAGCGCUGCAAGAGGUUGUGGAUUUUGUGUGCGUUUGUAUAUCGACUUGUGGCUAGUUUUUGUUCCACAUUUUUAACACGUAAAUUUAUGUUUUCGUUUUUCAUUUUUACAGGAGAACUGCAGCAUCUCAAUGGUAAGUGUUUCAACUCUGAGUUUGUGAUGGAAAAUCGCAUUAUCCUAUUUGUCAAUGCCCUCGUUAUGCGGUAUAGUUUGAAAAAGACUUGUAAUGUCCAUGAAACAGGAAAUGUUCGGUUUUUCACCUUUGUCUUUUUAAUAAAAUUUAUAAAGUCAGUGGUAUCUUUGGUUACUUCCUAGAAAGAUAGAUAUGCUCUUCUUUCUGAAAAAACAUAAUGUCGGUCCAUGUCUUUAGUCGGUUGAUAUUUUUCCUGUCAGUAGUCGGUAAUUUUUUUCCCGUUUUGUCGGUAGUCAGUAAUAUUUUUCGCCCUUUGUUUCUAGUCGGUUUCAAAUACCAACAACAAUAAACAAAGCUUGUAGAGACUUUUAGUAAGUUCAGAAUUUAUACUUGGCAGCGAGAAUCAACAUUUUUUUACUCUAUUUAUUUUUAGUUUUAGAUCCACAAUUUUUAUAUUUGUGUUUCAGGGACGUUACUGUCGUUUUAUCGACGAUGAUGGCUUUGUGGUGGCGUCAAAUGUCGAUAAUGAAUCUGAGGUAUAUAUGAGAAAGUCACGGCCCACAAACAAAACAGGAAUUAAUACGUUUCCAGAACAGCGGCGAAAACAUCACUUAAAAAGUGACCUCGUGCCCGAUUAUCCCAACUCGCUAACUUUGUCACGAUUGUAAGGGAAAUUGCCUGGAGCUGAUUACCUAUUCAAGUUUAGAAGGAGAAAGGGAAAUCCAUUGUUGUGUGUUGAAAUUUCAGGUCGUAGUGAAAGGAGCGGCAAGAAAAUGUAUCAAAAAGUGUCAUAUGCUUGCAAGUUUGUUGUUCUAAUUUAAACCUUAUUGCUUUUUUGACGUUCUCGUUGCUGUCGCCGUCAUGGCCUCUUAGCAUCUUAAACUCCAUAAUUACAACAUCCCGAUCCCCUGGACAUUCAGCUCAAUAGGAAGCAGCCAUUUUUAUUGAUUAGCGAGUUUAAUUUACGUUAAUAAGUCUUGUGUAGUUUAUACGAAAACUUAAGAGACUCCUCGCGAUAAUAAUGAUACAUGUAUAUCCUACGGAGCAAGAUAAGAAAUUCCUUUUUUGUGGGAAGCACAUUGACAAUUUGUUCAGCUUAGUUUGUUUUUUUUGCCAACCGACAAUUAUGCAGUAGAAACUGAAUACAAUGGAAAAUCAGUUUUCUUUUUGUUUUAACAUCAGGUUGGUAAGUUCUUGGGCGCGCUUGAAGGAGGAGGAACCGUCAUGAGAACAUUAAUCAACACAUCUCAGUUUGAAAAGUUAGUCUUGUUUUGCUUUUUAUUGUAAUUUUCAUUGAUUUAAAAAAGCAGCUUGGGGAUUUAACAUCUUAAAUGGACUUUUCCACGGUUUUUUCAACUAUGGACAUGGAUCAGUUAAAGAGAAGCCGUCGAUUCGACACCACUGGAAGGAGCGCCAUUUGUAAAAUUUUUGAAAAUCUUCGUCUGGACAUGAAGAUAUAGCUUCGCCAAAUUUUUACAGACUUUUGAACGGCUGUAAAAAACGUCUGUAAAAUUUAGCGACUCUGAGGAGCUAUAUCUUUGUCAGUUUUCUACAAAUCACUUUUAAAAUUGGCAAUUUUUAAGACACUGACGCCACGGAUUUUCCCUCACUUGUCCAUGUCAAAAGUCGAAGGUUGAGAACGGCAACAAAUCUAUAAAUCUACAGCUAAUUGUUAAACUGCAGAACAGAGAGUUAAAAUUCAGAACAAUGUUAUAGUUAGUGCACUUAAAGACAGCGUGACCGGCCUGUCAGCCUCUAGCUGGAUUUUUUUUCUAGGGAUUCCUAAGCUUGUCGGUCAUGCUUAUGAUUAUGUAGCAUGUAGCAGUCGCCUUCCGCCAGUCAGUUGAAGGACUGUACUCCAUUGUGUGUAAGGCGACUAAGGCUGGGACCGACACUAAGUUUCGUCUCACAGAGGUUUCCCCUUAAUAGAAAGUCAAAGAAAAUGACUGAAGAACGACAGGGAUUAAUUCCACUAGAUGUGUCCGUUUUAGGGAGCUGUGCGUUUUAUAGAGGUAUCCCCCGUUAGCAGAGAAUUAGCUGGCUAUAGCAGUACACUUCUACUCAGAGAUAAUUAUUCAUGCAGGGCUGGGAUUUUCUUAUUUUAUGCAGGUUAACUUUUAAUAGUACACAAGAAGAGUGCAAAAAACCAGAGGAAAAGACUUCAAAUGCCAGGACACUUUUGAAUGUAAGGCCAAACAAAGAGAUGAAACAAAUAAUUGCAAAAUAAUACUUAUACGUGAAAAGCUGUUACUCAAGAGCUAACUAUAAGUCCAGUUUUUGAUUAUGGGAGUUUCGAUUUGUGGCUUUAAGUUAGUUCCUUGAUAUUUCGUACAAGAGCUCAAAAUUAAAACCACCUUCCAAUGCUUGAAUUGAAUUAUAGAACAACAGGAAAGCGCUGCUGCCAAGCUUUCGUUUAAAUGAUCGCGUUGUGGGAUUUGAUCCACAGACUCCAAAGUCAGAGCUAUCUUGUACAGUGCAAUAAACAGGGCCCAGUUGUUCGAAGGCCGAUUAGCGCUUAACCCGGGGUUAAAUUUACCCAGGUCUCUUUUUCUUGUGUUCAAAAGCAUUUUCUCGGAUAAUUUUCUGUGCUAUUUUUAGAGCUUCCAAUCAUCAACUUGUAGACAAAAAGAAUUAAAUCUCAAAUGCUUUCUACUCUUUCAUAUCUGAAUUCAAAUAUCGCACUAACCCUUGGUUAUCUUAACCCAGCUUUGAACAACUCGGCCCAGUACUGUAUGCAAUCACUGCUCAUUGUUGCUUUCGUUUGAAUGAUCGGAGUACCGUACCAAAAGCUCGUUAUACAAAUGCUUCAGACCAGACUGUUAACACAGAGUGCCCGUUAAACACGGAAAAUAGUCUUCGCUUUCUUGGUAUUUGCUGGUACAGCUGCUUCAUUUAUCGCUGAGAUAUCGUCUUCCGAAACUGUCUAGCCUAUUCCCAGGUGCGCUUUCUCAAUUUGGCGGACCCGACUAUCUCGGAGCCUGCAUGUAACAGGUUAGAAACUGUCGCGAAACGGGAUGCCAUAUUGACUCCCGUUCCCAAACAGUGCAGAGCCUUGUAAACUCCGAGUUACGGAAGCCAAUCAAAACUCGCGAAAACUGCUAACCACCGAUAGUCACCUUUAGUAUUUCGGUCAUUUGGGCGGAAGAAAGACAUCGUGGUAAAUGGUACGUGGGAAAGUACAAAACGCAAGGUUCGUGUCACCCCUAGUACUCCUUCAAAAGCCGUCGAAUUUAAUUUUAGAUUUCAGCGGAGCUUGAAAAGCUCUUGAAAAGAAAGUGCUUGAAAACUUCUUGAGAAAAACCAGCACAAUCCCUGUAUCAGCGGCUUUCUUUGAAACGGACAUACUGUUGUGCACGUGAUUUUCCUGUUGUGUGGUAACUUUUGGUAUACUGACUACUUUGUUUUCUGAUUUGUGUAGCCUCUCUUUGCGGUGACAUCAUACGUUCAGUUCUGGACGCAGACUGUGUUCUUGUAAGCAACUCAGUAUUUUACUCGAAAUUGGCGGGGUUGAACUUGCAAUUUAUCAGACUUUAUUGUUACGAUGCAGAGCUCUGUCCGUUCGACAGCGUAAUAAGGAACGCAGCCUCGUAAUAGCCAAUGAAAAAAUGUUGGCCUUCACAAAACAGUCACACAGUGUGAUUUGAUACGGGCGAGUGGGAAAAAAUGGGUGGAAGUUAAAUUGCCCGCCAAAAUCCUUCGCAACUUUGCCGCCCGCUUCGCGUGGUGACUCCGCCAAUAAGAAAGAACCCCGGGCAUAACAAUCCCGCAAUCUUCGCUGGCUAACGUAGUAAUAGUAUCCGUUGAAAGAAACAGAUAAAAGUGAAUUAUCUGAAUACUGAUGUAACGUUUAUUGUUUUUAUGUUUGCAGGUCGCUGGCGCAGUUCAAUAUUUACAGUCUCUUUUCUCGUAGCGGUGUAGGUUAGUUGUUUUUUUAAUUCAAUAAGUUAGCGGUUUGACAUAUUUGUGGAUCUUAAGGUCCGUUUAAUACCCCAUAUCACACUCUGUUUGACCCCCAAUUUGCGCACGUUAUUGUUGUCAAAUGCUUUUGGGAAUGUGCAGUCCUCCCUGAAGAUUUAAGCCUGCGUAGUAGGCCCUGGUUUUUUGAGGGCCAAGGGAGGAGAGGGAAGGGAAGGUACUAAAGAAUGACUGUUCCUAAGAUAAAAAAAAAAACGUACUUUUGUUUCCCGGGGAGCAAGGGAUAGCGCUGUGGUGAGAGCGCUCGCUUCCCACCAAUGUGGUCCGAGUGCAAAUCCCGGCUUCGACUCCAUAUGUGGGUUGAGUUUGUUGUUGGUUCUCUCCUUUGCUCCGAGAGGUUUUUCUCCGGGUACUCCGGUUUUCCCCUCUCCUCAAAGACCAACAUUUCCAAAUUCCAAUUCGACCAGGAAUCACGUAGACGAAGAACCACUUUGUGGACGUGCUACCUCCAAAUCUUUAUUUAUUUAUUUAAAGUCGACAAGAUCAAGUCAAGUCAAAAGAUUCCAGCUAAAUAACUAUGAGACACAUUCUUUAAUUCGCAGCCAUGGCUGAAGGGCAACAGCAACAGGACAUGAUCCCAUGCUCUCAAGAACUUCAAUUUUAUAAAGGACAUUGGGGACAAGAAAGGGAAGGUACAGUAGGUUGUGAGCUGUUUUUUUUUUAAUAUUUUGAAGAGAGAGAGAGAGAGAAGCCACUGACCAAACGUUGAUUUCAGUCGGUAGGGAUUCCGCAUUACUAAGGACGCUUACGCUAUCGUUUGUAAACAAGCUCUCCAUUUUACUAUUCUCCCACUCGCGUGAUUUCAGAUCCAAAAUACUAGUCAGGAAGCACUGUCACGCAGGGCGCUCAUUUUUCAUUUUCGUUAAACAUUUUGAGUAGAAGCAGGCAACAUGCCUUAAAAUCUUCAUCUUGCCAUCCUGAUUAAGAAUUGCGCUGUUGCCCACUCCAAAUGUUAUGAUAUCUGUCAUUAAGCGGGCUUUUUGUCUAGGCCCUCGCUCCUGAAGCAUGAAAACGAGGCUGAACUGUAACAUUUAUAUAAACCCAAUAAAAAGUGCACAAUAGGAUGGGGAAACAGCUGAAUCUUUGUUACUUGAUGUUUAGAGCUCGAUAGACAGUAGUGUGGGAGAUAAAAUGCGUCACGUGAUCAGUUAUGAAGAGUCACGUGACUUUCCAAUAAAAUCGAUUCUAAAGCAUAAAAGACGCUCUAUUCACACUUUCCUUUAAUAUAGUUUUCAACUCUCUGACGUUUCUCAUUUCGAUUUAUAGAUCCAACAAUAAAAACACAAAAAUGCAAUAGGUGAUCAGCUAUGAUGGGUCACGGACUAGAUAGCCUUAGCUGUGUGAAUAGCGUGAUCGAUUAAUUGUUUCAGUAAGCUCUUCAGGAAUUAUUUUCUAUUAGAAAUAAAAAAAACUAUGUUUGAUGGGGUAAAUAUGCGCUUCAAUCUGUCAGAAACAUUGGUCACUAAGUUUACGACUGGGAACGACGAUGAUGCAUUAGUAGAUGCCCUGACCAGCCAUGAGCUUGUUAAUGAAGUUGGACAAGCUGCACAUAUCAUCAAAGCUUUUGAUGCCGCACAUCAUGACAACCCUCGUUCUGUUACUGGAGGCAAUACAUGAAACUGGUGUCCAUCUUAGUGAGGUUUACGCGUGCGAUCCGGGAAGGGAAGUGGGAUCUGUCUUUACUGCGCGCAAUGUUUUGCUGUGUCCGAGCCUUUAGGGUGUUUAUCUGGCUCAAUCAAGUAGGUGAUCUCUCUUCGCUCUCCGAAAUGCUACCCUAUUUUGCAGCUUUCGACCACUCGAAUUACACCAGAUUGGGCGUCAUAUUUCUUGCAGACAUGAAGAUGCUUUCGCAGACUGCCCCUGAGGCCCAGCCUCCCCUGCAGACAUUCUUAGGCGUGCGUCACGGAAGGAACGCGUGACGCACGCCUAAGAAUGUCUGCGGGGGAGGCUAUACAAGGGUUGAUCUGCUAUUUGACAGAUAUGUCAAGAACUCGAUAAAAGGAGGAACCAGAGACAAGCGCAAGGAGAAAAAGAGUACAGGGAUUAGGCGCAAUGUGGAUAACAGAGAUUAGAGAAUUGGAAACUGGGAGAGGUUCAUCAUUCUAGAAGAUAACAAGGCUAGCCUACCUCAUUUCCUCUCGACUGACAUCUCGGAGAGUUACAGCGUGCCUCCUGGGAGACAGCUGGUGAUCAAUGGAGGCUUCAAGGAUACACUGAAGGUGUGGUCAUCUGACACAUCACGACAAGAUAUAAGAAAGCUCGCAUCAGAUCAAGAGGAGGCAGAUACUAGAAUAGUACUGCAUGCCCGAGACGUAGCAGCAAGAGGGUACAAGCAAGUCAACAUUUUGUGUCGUGAUACGGACGUUCUUGUCCUCCUUUUGGCAUACCGAGAGCAGCUUUGUCAAGAGAUAUGGAUGUUUGCGGGUACAUCAAGACAAAGGCGUUACAUACCAGUUCACAGAAUCCCGCUCUCCGAGGAGAAGAGGAAGUCGCCUCUGGCAUUUCAUGUGAUUACUGGCUGUGGUACGACAAGCCAGUUCUAUGGUGUGGGCAAGGCUUCGGCAUGGAAAGUCUUCGAAGAUGCACCUGACCUCUUGGAACACCUUGGAGAAGAAAGCCAAAUCAGUGCUGACGUUCUUGUCAAAGCUGAAGCCUUUGUAUGCAAACUCUACAAUCCGGGAACACAUGAGGUGGAAAUCAACAAAGAAAGAGCAGCAGCGUUUCGCAAAUCCAAGAAAGAUCUCGACGCCCUACCUCCGACUCAAGAUGCACUGAUUCUCCACACAAAGCGGGCAAACUAUCAGACCAUGGUAUGGAAUAAAGCGCUGGAACCAUGUCCUUCUCUCCCAAAGCCUGAAGACAGCGGAUGGUACUACAGUGAAGGCCUUCUGAAGCCAAAGUUAAUGACACGAGAAGAAGUGUCAGCGGCGUGUUUACAGUUAGCAUACUGUGGGUGCUCCCGAGAAGGCGGAUGCUGUGUAAACCGAAGCUGCACUUGCGUUAAACUAUCUCUUUGCUGUUCCAAGGCAUGUAAAUGAGGUGACAGUUGUAGAAACGACAGGAACACUACAGCAGAGGCGAAUGAAGCAUGACCUAUAACUUUGAUAAGGUGGAAGUCACAUGGUGGUCUUGUGUAAUUUAAGAUACUUUGCUUAUGGUUUAUAAGCCUGUAUUUCUGGCUUAAACCGUGCGGUCAAGUAGAAGAAAGUUCAGUCUUUUUACAUGAAAAAUCCUAACUCAUGGGAAAUGUUACAUAGGUUGGAAACGCUAUAGAAUGACUGAAAAUAGAAUGAUUUCAUUACAUCACGUGACCCAUCAUAGCUGAUCACCUAUUGCAUUUUUGUGUUUUUAUUGUUGGAUCUGUAAAUCGAAAGGAGAAACGUUAGUAAGUUGAAAACUAUAUUAAAGGAAAGUGUGAAUAGAGCGUCUUUUAUGCUUUAGAAUCGAUUUUAUUGGAAAGUCACGUGACUCUCCAUAACUGAUCACGUGGCGCAUUUUAUCUCCCACACUAUUGUCUAUCGAGCUCUAAACGUCAAGUAGCAAAGAUUCAGCUAUUUCCCCAUCGUAUUGUGCACUUUUUAUUGGGUUUAUAUAAAUGUUACAGUUCAGCCUCGUUUUCAUGCUGCAGGAGCGAGGGCCUAGGCAAAAAACCUGCUUAAUGACAGAUAUCAUAACAUUUGGAGUGGACAACAGCACAAUUCUUAUAAUUAGGAUGGCAAGACGAAGAUUUUAAUCUAUGUUGCCUGCUUCUACUCAAAAUGUUUAGCGAAAAUCGUUUUUUGGCGAGCUGCCUCCUGACUAUACACGGCUUUCUCGUAGGACGCUACUUUGGGGCUGCAUUGAUGUGAAGUGUGAAGCCCAAGGUUCCAUAGUCAGUAAUGCUUCAAUUAUGACACACUCGAACUAUUUCCUUGUAUUGGUUUCAAUAGAAGUUUUUAUUAGCUUUUGCGCCAAAUUUUGUCUGUUUUGUGGUAAUGGACUCUUCUGACAAAGCACAAAUGUGCAGCUUAUUUCAGUAUAGUUAGUUGGAAAACUCAAGUUCUCCGCCAAAUCGACCUUGCACCAUUCCAGAAAGGCCAGGUUUCUUUUCCGGUAACUUAACGUCAAAUCGAUGUUGCAGAUUUCUUUCUUUUUCGUAAGGUUUAGUAGUUCUUUUUAUCAGAGACCUUUUUGUUUUUAAAUUUAACUCUUCUGGUGCGGUCUUGUUGUUGUGUUUGUUAUUAAACGCAUAACAUACUGCUUUUCCUCAAGUCGUUUUACAGUGAUGUUACAAAACAAAUUGCAUGUUUUUGUUGCCCGUUACCGUAGCUUAAGCAGUAAAUGCGCAUUAUGCUUGUUUCGGAAUAGUACGUACAUAUUAACUGUCGAUAUCUUCUUGAAAAAGCCCUUGUCAGUGUUUGUGGUGCGCCCAAUUGGUACCUGUUCCGGCCUGAUGCGUAUGAAGACUGAUCAUAAAUAUGUCUUUUAGUAAAUGAAAGAGUUUGGUAAAAUAUCAAGUACAACAAACAUAUAGAAAAAAAAGAUCAGUGGACUUGUAAGCCGAAGGCCCCGAGUUUAAGUCCUCAGCCACGUUUGUAACAUAGCCAACUUGUUCGCCUCCCACCAGUUGGGAUUCCUAGCCAUGUUAUGUUCCAUUUGAAUUAUUUGCGUUAUUAUCGAUCCCUGAAAAGCCCCAUAAGGGAAGGGAUAAGUAUAAGUGUUAAAAAUUCCAUGCCGAAUAAUUUAUUUGCUUCGUCAGGUUGUUCGAAUAACACCAGUGAGAAUAAAACAAUGGCAAAAAACUGUAAGCUGUGUGAUCUCUAACUGUUUUAUGGCCUCAUCAGUCAUCGUCUUGAUUUAGUUAAACCCGAAAACUGAACCUAUACCGGUAUCCAUAACAAUCAUCUUUCCAUAGCAAUUACGUUGAUUAUGUAGAAGAUCGAUCCUGUAAGGUACUCGUCUUGUCGUUGUGUUUAUUAUAUUUUCCCCUGCAAAUAAAGUAUACCAUGGCACAAGUCUUCGUGCGCGGUCCCUGCUGUGUUUUCCCGUUCCUCCUUGUUCUCCAUCAUCCUUUUCUUUUACGUCAGGAAAUAUUUAUAAGAUACGUUUCUGUAUGCAGGGUUUGUUAUGAAUUCUAGCGUCACUAAAGAUUUCUUAUGUUAUGACAACUUCAACCGUUUAUUUAACUCUCUUCUUUUCAGAUACGGUUAAGUGUCAAGUUAAACAUGAUUGCUCAUGGUAAGAAAAAUCAUGGAUUAGCGUAUUGGUUUACAACAACAGCUUUUAUUUUUGACUUGAAUGAAUGCUGAUCUUUCAUUUUUCGCAUUCCGGCUGCGUUAUUACUAUAUUUUAUAGUCUUGUCAGAGAAAAUUGUUAAGCUUUUUUAUAGUUCUUUUUGAGCGGUGACACUUGAGUUUCAUCCUUAAAAUAAGUUGCCAGAGCCCGGUGGGAGCAAGACAGCAACAUGGCCGUAGGUUAAGAUCCCGGCCCCCAGUCACCAAAAGCUGGACUUGGGUUUUAGUGGUCCCAGUUUAGCUCCUCGACCUACUUGCUGUGCGUCAAUAAACUACUGGAUUUGAUCGUUUGAAUUAUUUAUAGUUACUUGCCUUGUGCGCCUGUAAACUAGCUAAAAGAAUUAAAUACAGUUCCAGUGUACACAAAAGCAUUUACAAUUUUACACUCUACUAGACACCAGAGACUACAAUUGUUCGGAUUUAAGUGGGAGUGUGAAAAUUCUGAUUUUUUUGUCUCUCUCUCGUUUUUCAGGAGGUUAUAUAUAGCACCUGUUACUGGGACCAAUCUUCGACUGGUAGUAGAAAGCCGCAGUAAUUCUUGGUGUCCAUGUGAUGGUGAUACACGGCUGACAACAAAACCAAGAGAUUGUAUCUUUCAAAACUGCUUUUCAUAAAUUUUUACCCCGGGUUUCAGAGAUGUUUGUAACUUAAUUCCGGAGAGUUCGGUCGAAGCGCCCAGGAAAAUAAAUCCGUCUCGGGAGCUUUGUCAAACCGUGAGCACGGUUUAAUUGUUUCAUCCCAGGUAUAUAAAUCCGAUAACGGACCUCAAAAGCCAGGUAAACAAACGCUAUAAUAGGAGGUGUUUUCUUAGUCAAUCCCCGAUUAUUUUAAGAACAGCUUAAACGGACUAACAACAUUUUUGUGCAACUUCGUCCAACAUGCUUGAUCCAAUGCUCUGCUGCCUAGAUCAGGUGUAAAGGAGUUAAUAAUUUAGGGCCCGUUUAUACAGGGCUAACACUAUUCAAGUUGUUGUUGAUUUUGGACCAAAAUGCUGUAGUUGUUAGAAUACCUUGUUGAACAAUGUUGGAUGUUGUGGAUGAUGUUAGAUCAAGUUUAAAUGAGUUAAACAUCUGGGUUUAAACACCAUUCAGAGUUGUGAGAUGACGUAGGAGCAACAUGCUGAAUACGAUUAACUGGAUGUUUAGGGUGCCCAAUAGGUUUCUUGGAAUGCUGGAUUUGUCUCACUGAAGACGGGUAUGCGGGAUGCGAGAUGCGGGAUUCGGGAAUUUAAACAUUUUGCACGGGAUGAAGGGAUUGAAGACCUUCACUGGCGACCGUCAAUUUUGAAAGUUUAGUUUUUGAAACCGAAGUCACCUUUAAUGGCUACACCAUCGCGCACCAUACACAGAAAGUGGUGUGCAUUAGUGGCCGAUCUUAAAACCCCUGGGGGCUUUGUUGAUACAACGAUAUUUAGCUUGGACCGCAGUUGAAGACGAGAAGUGGACCUUCGUGCAGAUAUGUUUCUGAAUAACUUAUUUUAAGUAGAUACAGGUUUUUUGUCUGCCCUGCUUAUCGGUUGACAACGUUUAGGGACUCGGAGUUGAUCAGGUUGAAAAUAGCGUUGCUGACGAGGUUUUGUUAAACACUGCAUAAACACUGAACCGUGUCUAUAUAUGCAUAUAGAGGACGUUUAGAUGUUAUCGGAAAGCGCUAAUUUAUAGUUAGGAUUAGAAAAUCAUCGUUACUGCAGGGUGUUCAUUGGGCAUUGGAGAUCGGAGAAUUCUCCAUUUACUACGCAGAAUUCUUCGGCUAACGGUCAAUUGCCUAUGACUAUUUUUUCCUCAGAUGUGAGCCUCUUUAAAAAUAUUCUCCUGCAACGUUACACCUUUCUCCUCCUACCAGAAUUCUUAAUGGAAACCCUGUCACUUUAUUCCUUAAUCAUUUGAUAUUUCAUAGUGCUGGAAACUGUAAAUAACAGAGUCCCGGCAAACGUAUCUUACAGGAAACCGCCCGAGCUCACAACACCUUGUAAUGACAGUGCAGAUGAGGUAAGAACCGGCCAGGAAAUUACCGUUGCUAUGCGAACUUCGAAUGUUAAAUUCACUUUACUAUGGACUGCCAUCAACAAAACCAUGCACAUGGCACUGGCAAUUUGAAAAAAUUGCCUGAAGUUUAUAAGUUGUGCAUCCAAAAGGAGUGAGGUGUAGGAUAGAGGUAGGGAUACAUAAGCGAGAAUCUUAGGAAACUGAGGUGGAGGUGCGUAAGCGACGACAUAAACGACCUAAAGUGGGUCUAUAUAAGCGAGGACAUUAGGGAUCUUAGGUGGGUUUACAUGAGCGAGGACAUCAGGGACAUUGAAUGGACUGCAUACCAAUUGAGUUGAUUGGGUACCUUAGGUGGGGGUGCAUAAGUGACGACAUUAGGGACCUCAACUGGGGUUACCUAAGCGAGGACAUCAGGGACUUUAGGGGGUGUGCAUGAGCGAGGACACCAGGGACGUUAGAUGGGCUGCAUAAUUGAGUUGAUUGGGGACCGUAGGUGGGGUGCAUAAGCGACGACAUUAGGGACCUCUAGUGGGGUUACAUAAGCGACGACAUUAGGGACCUUAGGGGGUGUGCGUGAGCGAGGGUAUCAGGGACGUUAGAUGGACAGCAUAACUGAGUUGACUUGGGGACCUCAGGUGGGAGUGCAUAAGCGACGACGUUAAGGACCUCAAGUUGGGUUAUAUAAACGAGGACAUUAGGGACCUUAUGUGUGUCUACAUGAGCGAGGAGAUUAGGGACAUUAGAUGGGCUACAUAAUUGAGUUGAUUAGGGACCUUAAAUGGAAGUGCAUAAGCCACGACACCCUGCACGUACAUUACACUAGUUUGUAAAUUUCGUUGCCGUCUCUGCAAAAUUUAGACGUGAAAUAAUCCAAUUUUUAGUUUACAUGAGAACGAAAACGACAAGGCGAUGAUUUUACCGAUCUCGGUCUGAAGUCGGACGCGGUCCCCUGUCUUCAGCUCCAACCUAAUUUCUCUUCUUUGAAAUAAUUGGGUGACUUGGAAUAAUAACGAACACGUUUGAAAGGAUACGAAGUCUAUUUUUCAUCGACGGUUUCAUUAGCGUUGCCGUUGUCGGAUCAUAAGGUCCGUUUUCAAGAUAUUGAGGUCAAAGUACGAACCAGUUUCUGCCGUGGCAUAUAAUCAGCGGGGAGGCGAAGUUCAUUGGUGUUCACUAGAGAGAAAAAUCUUUCCUGGCCAUACACAAGAUACCCAUAUAACACAGGGCUAGGAUUGCUUUCUCCUUCGUCGAACGUAAUUAAUGUUCUGUGAUAUUCUGUUGCAGGGGAAGCCCCCGCCCCCGUGUGCACUGGCAAGUAUAUCCUCUCCUGCAAGGCUCACCAUGUUUCUGGUGCUUAUCUUGACGUUAUUCAGUGCAUGAAAUGACAACUGGACAUAAUGGAUAUAUCCUCAGACUGUACACCAGAUAAGCAGAAACAAAAGAAAAUGCAAGCAACUUUUAGGCAUUUAACGUGUAGUCAAGAACGUGUAGCGAGAAUUGUAUUUGCACGCUAAUAAUGUAAAUAGGCAAUUUUGUAUUCCUGUUUUCCUUUUCACUGAAUCCUUUUUGGCCCACAUUUUUUGUAAUCAUUUCCCUAUUAUAAGCGCGAACUAGGACAAAGCCAACCUCGUUAUUUUUAGCACGUGCAUGACUGUUUUCAUCUCAGUUAUUCAGUCCAGGCCCC